UAAUUUCCCCUCGGCAAUGGGGGCUCGUAAAGCAGCCCCAGCAUUUGCAGUUGGAUGCACUGCUAUAUUGAAACCAGAUGCCCAAACUCCAUUAAGUUCAUUGGCAUUGGCUUAUUUGGCAGAACAAGCCGGAUUUCCCCCAGGAGUUUUCAACGUGGUAUUAACCUCAGUGGAAUCAACUCCAAAUUGUGGUAAGAAAUUUUGUGAAUCCCCAUUAAUUAAAAAAAUCAGUUUCACUGGAUCAACCCCAGUUGGUAAAUUAUUAGCCAAUCAAUCAUCAUCCACUUUGAAGAAAUUAUCAAUGGAAUUAGGUGGUAAUGCACCAAUAGUUGUAUUUGACGAUUGUGAUUUAGAUCAAGCAGUAGAACAAUCGGUGGCUUCGAAGUUUAGAUCUUUGGGUCAAACCUGCGUAUGUGCCAAUCGAAUUUAUAUCCAAGCCAACAUCUACGAUAAAUUUGCCGAAAAAUUUGCUGCCAAAGUCAACGCUUUCCAAAUCGGUAAUGGGUUUGAAAAAGGGGUCACCCAUGGUUGUUUGAUCAAUGGUAAAGCCAUUGCCAAGGUCGAAGACCACGUAAAAGACGCCGUGGCCAAAGGUGCUCAUGUUUUAGUUAAAGGUGGUAGAUUGACUCAAUUAGGGGAAAACUUUUAUGCUCCAACGGUAUUAACCAAUAUAAACAAUGAUAUGAAGGUGAUUCACGAAGAAACUUUUGGUCCCUUAGGUGCCUUGGUUAAGUUCGAUACCAAAGAAGAAGUAUUGAAAGUCUGUAAUCAAUCAAACUACGGAUUGGCCGCCUAUGUUUUCGCAACCAAUAUCAACACCAUUUGGUAUAUGACGGAAAAAUUAGAAACCGGAAUGGUCAGUGUCAAUACCGCCGCCUUCACCGACGCCGCCUUACCCUUUGGGGGAGUCAAAGAAAGUGGGUUUGGUAGAGAAGGCUCUUUAUACGGAAUUGACGAUUAUACCGUUAUCAAGAGUAUUAACCUUGGGAAUGUAUAUAACUAAUUUGUAAGGGUCGUUCGGAAGCGAAAAUUUAUUUAGCUAAAAAACGAAUAAACGAGC